CUGCGUUUUAAGCUUUAGAAGGCUGACAGUAGACACCAAAGCGGCAUCCCGCCGAAAGUCCGGCACCAGGCGCCCAUGGAUACAGCCACUUCUGUAGUCCGUCCAUCCUGGUGACUGAUGUCAGUUGACCCACCGACCUGUGAAGCGAUGAGACUCUGUAUACUGCUGGUACUUACAGGCUGGUACAGUCUGUUUGGUGAAGUCACAUGUGCGGCACUCAUUCCCACUGAGCAGAGUUCGGAACAGCAGCCAAGCGAAGAGUUCAUACUGUCGGAGGAUGAUUGGGGAGAAGACAGCAGGACACACGAGCAGCGGUACCCGGGAGACGUGUUUGUCGCGUCCUCCUUACAGGAGACAAUAAGACAAGUGGACAGCAGCAUAACAAACACAGAAAAACUCCACCAUGAUGAGGACAGGAUAAGAACGCCGUUUGAGUUCCUGGAGCGGCUGCACCACAUGAGCCCUGAGGCGCGGAAGGAGGCUCGUGCCGCGGCGAUCGUGGAGGGGACCAUGCAGCUGGUCCUGGAACGGGUCCGGGAACACAACAAGGACUGGGUCGCCGCUGGAGACAUGUGCGACAUAAGAAAAGCUAUCUCCCCCGCCCAGAGAGACAUAAUCGCCGACAUGUCGGGUUGUGAACAGCUUGCCGUCGCAGCGAACUGUUCCAUCUACAAGUAUCGCACAGCCGACGGCAGCUGCAAUAACAUCGACAAUCCGCACUGGGGCGCUGCGCUACGGCCGUUCAAACGCUUUAUGUUGCCGAAGUAUGACGAUGGGUGGAACGAACCGAUUGGAUGGGAGAAAUCGGAAUACAACGGGUUUCCUCUUCCCAGUCCCCGCCAAGUUUCUAGUGUGCUGCUGACCAGUUCUGAGACAGAGGAUGACCCGGAGUACACACACAUGCUGACGGAGUGGGGCCGGUUCUUACGGCACGACAUGGAGCAGACGGCCACUGCUGUGGGCUGUACCGUCCUGGCGUCAAAGAAGAAGAUCCUGUGUACAGACACGUGUGACAACGUCAGUCCGUGUUUCCCCAUUGCCGUCCCUGAUGACGACCCACGGAUAAACAACACACAGAAGCCUUGCCUGCCGUUCACGCGGUCCAGCUCCAUGUGCGGGGUGGCUGUAGGGGACACGUCCAACCCUGAUGAUCUCCUGGACCGCGAGCAGAUCAACCAGGUCUCCAGCUUCAUCGACGCCUCCAUGGUGUACGGGUCCUCGGAACACCUGGCGCAGUCACUGCGGGACUUGACGACCGAUCUGGGCCUGCUGCGUGUUCAGCCGCGGGCGGACGUCAGUUCAGGGCUGGACCUGCUGCCGUUCCAGGAGGAAGAAGACAAACCCUGCAAUCAGGACCCGGCAGGUGGAGACAGCGUCCCUUGCUUCCUCGCCGGUGACAGUCGCGCGAACGAGGACAACAGAGCCAUCGCGUCUCACACCGUCUGGGUCCGGGAGCACAACAGGCUGGCCCGGGUACUCCACGGCCUUAACCCGCACUGGGGCGGAGACAGGCUGUACCAGGAGGCGCGCGAAAUCGUGGCGGCGGAGAUACAACACAUCACCUUCUCCGAGUACCUGCCCAAGAUCCUGGGACCGACCGAAAUGGAAGAAGUGGGAGAGUAUUCCGAGUACGACCCUGACGUGGACCCGUCCGUACGAAACUCGGUCGCCAUGGCAGCUUUCCGACUCAACGACGCGGCGACGGACCCGCUGGUGCAGCGGUACGACCAGAACUAUGAAGAGGACCCUGCCAUAGGAAACGUGGCCCUGCGCGACACGUUUUUCGCCCCCUGGCGGAUCGUGAAGGAAAGCGGGAUCGACUCGCUGGUCAGAGGCCUGAUCGGGAGUCCCGCCAAGCUGGCAACACCGAGAAAUGUUAUCCAUGAAGAGCUGACUGAGCACAUGUUCGCCCUGCCUGGCCAUGCCGGACUGGACAUAGCCGCCAUCACCAUCCAGCGGGGCAGGGACCACGGCAUACCGUUCUACAACAACUGGCGGGAUAUUUGUGAGCUAUUGCUAGCAGAAUCGUUUGACGACCUCUCCGGUGACAUACCAGACGACGACAUCCGUCAGAAGCUGGCUGACGUGUACGGUGACGUCAGAAACGUCGACCUGUGGCCCGGGGGACUGCUGGAGGAUCACGUGACCGGGGGCCGGGUGGGGCCCACCUUCAGGUGUCUCCUAGCGGCACAGUUCAAGGCGAUAAGGCAAGGAGACAGAUUUUGGCACGAGAACUACGGUGUGUUCACGGCGGCCCAGCGCGCGCAGAUCGGCCGUGUGACGUACGCGCGGGUCCUGUGCGACAACACGGGCGUCACCAGGCUACAGCCGGACGUCUUCGUCAGAACUGACGUCACGGACAUGGUGUCAUGUGACAACAUUCCCGGCGUGCUCAUGGAGGUCUGGAAGGAAACUUUUGAAGAUUCAGACGAAUGUCACAACCCGGACAUGAACGACUGUGAACAGAUCUGCAUCAACCUUGUCGGGUCGUAUCUCUGCGCAUGUCAGGACGGCCUCGUUCUGAGAGCAGACGGAAGGAGCUGCGCAUCGUGUCAGGAGCUGUACCCCGAUCUUGUAUCCACCGGUGACUUUGGCGUGUACGAUAACCAGUGUUUCUGGUUCUCCCCGCUGAGGGGGGACCGGCUCACGUACCCUGACGCUCAGGAAAGCUGCGUUCUCCUGGGCGGGAAACUCGCCAUGAUCAAGACCGCCGGCGUGCAGGGGUUCAUAGAGGACUUCCUACGGACCAACAGGCCGCUGGAUGAGGCGAAAUAUUUCAUCGGGUUGGACGAUCUCCUUACGGAUUACUUCGCGUGGAGUGACGGGACCGAGCUGGGGGACUUCACCAACUGGAUAACCGAACACACGCCUUAUUACCGCGGGAACUACGGAGUCUUACUGGAGGACCAGCAGUGGGACCUGACACGGGGAUCCGUGACACUCCCGUACAUCUGUCAGAUGGAUCCGGCCGACUGAAAAUACAGGAUACUAGGAUGGAGAGAAGCAAUGUUACCCGCAAAACGGCCAAAGACUACACUGAAAUCAUUUUAUCCCCGCACUAACUUCGCCUUUAAAAGUAGGAGGCACAAGAGAGUGUCUGUUUAUGAAAUAUUGUGGAUAAAUAUAAUCAUCCGACCCCUUUACUUUAAAGUCAGCUCAAUAUUUCUGUACUUUGACACUUUAUAGAUGACAGAAGAGAUAUGGGAAACCAAUUAACAGAAGCGAAGUGUCCACAUUUUAGUUGCGAAGUGUCCACAAUGUUCUUCGUUACAUUCAUUCUAUGCACCUGCUUUUUAAAAGUCUACACCGUCUAUGGUACGUAGUUUAUAGAUUCAUGACUUAUAUUAUCAACAAACAAUGAUCCGGUUGCAAACUUCACUUCAGGAAGAUUUGAAACACCUUGAAUUUGUUUCCCUUUAUAUCUCAAUUUUCUAGCCUUAUGACCAUACAUAGCGUCAGUACGCCAGUCACUGGGGACCU